AUGGGGUUGCUCAAGAUUUUACUCUUUCUGCUGGCAUCCACAUCAACGGGUUCAAUAAGAAGAGAAAGUAGAUCAACAAACACAACUUUUCCCCUCCUUCUUUUCUGCCCGAAAAGUUGUGGGAAUAUCAGCUUCGAGUAUCCUUUCGGCAUCGGCGAUGGCUGUUUCCGGACAGGCUUUAAUCUUACCUGCAGAAACCAUUCCAGCAGCGCUCCCAGGCUUUUCCUGGGUGAUGGCACCAUCGAGGUAACGAGAAUUUAUGUGAACCAGGGGUUCAUAUAUAUUAAAUCACCAACUGUCGGCGAUGAGUUUAACCGCACCUCACUAAUUGAUCUGAAGAAUUGGCCUUACUCUUUUGACUUGAUGGAACAGACGGCACCUCAUUCUUCUCAAGGAUUGACAUAUACCGAAGUUUACGUUAUAGGUUGUAGCGCCAUGGCCAAGCUAGUGGAUCUUACCACCAAUAAAACCAUUAGCACCUGUCUUAGUAUCUGCGCUGCCAAUGAUUCGAGUCUAAAUUCACUGUGGUCCGACAUUAACAAUAGAUAUUGCUCAUUGGAUCUAUCUUUUACGAAUGCAACUGCCUUAGAAAUUCAGCUAACUCGAAUCUAUCAAACCGAGUUACACUUGGUGAAUACCUCCAGCAUCAAGGUCAUUAUGUUCGAUGAUAUAGAUGAUGAUCUCGAAGGAGUAUUAAACGGAAGUAGAAGGAAUGUGGAGGUCACCUUGGCGUGGUACAUGAAUGAUCAUCUUUCAUGUGAAGAGGCCAAGAAUACAAAUACAUACGCUUGCGUCAGUCAAAAUAGUCUUUGCCAUGAUGCCAUUUCUCAUAAAUCUUUUACACCUGCUGCUGCUGCUGCAAACGGCUGUGUUACUAAAUGCGGGAGUAUUGACGUCUUGUUUCCAUUUGGGCUGGAGAAGGACUGUUAUAGGGACGACUCAUUUGCUCUGACAUGCAACACCACAUCCAAUCCUCCCACCCUCAUUUUAGAUUACCUUUACAUAGUGAAUAAUAUAUCGCUGGAGGAAGGCCAAUUGGAACUCGAGGAAAAAGGCAGUUUCAGCUACAUUGGCAAUAGCACCAGACCUUUCGUCUUUUUUAAUGGGCAGGUCAUCGUUAAUUGGGUGAUCGAGUUCCAGCCUUGCGAGGAUGCUAAGAAGAACAUGACCACCUUCGCAUGUGUCUACGCUCACAGCUCAUGUAUCGACACAACAAUUACUAACGACGAUGGCAAGUUUGUGGGAUACCGUUGCAAAUGCUCGCAAGGUUACCAAGGAAAUCCUUACGUGCCUAAUGGAUGCACAGGUGUCAUCAUUGGUGUCAGCAGCGGCAUAGGCCUAUUACUCUUAUGUUCGAGUCUCCUCAUCCUGAGAAGGAAAUGGAAAAAAAGAAAACAAAAGAAAACUAGAGAAAAAUACUUCCAUCAGAACCAUGGUUUACUGCUACAACAGUUAAUCUCGUCUAGUGAAGAUAUUAGUGAGAGAACAAAGAUAUUUUCUCUGGAAGAGAUGGAGAAGGCAACUAAUAAUUUUGAUGAGACUCGAGUGCUCGGCCGCGGCGGACAUGGAACGGUUUACAAAGGAAUUUUGUCAGAUCAACGUGUAGUCGCCGUCAAAAAAUCUAAAUAUGUGAAACAAAGUGAGAUAGACCAGUUCAUCAAUGAGGUUGCAGUUCUUUCUCAGAUUAAUCACAGGAAUAUUGUUAAGCUUUUCGGGUGUUGCUUGGAAACUGAAGUUCCCUUGUUGAUCUAUGAGUUUAUCUCGUAUGGGACUCUUUUAGAUCAUCUCCAUAUUCCAGAUGGUAACUCUAUAUUAUCAUGGGAUGAUCGCCUGAGGAUUGCUGUUGAGGCUGCCGGAGCGCUCGCUUAUUUACACUCGGCUGCUUCAAUUUCGAUAUUUCAUAGAGAUGUCAAAUCAUCAAAUGUUCUCUUAGAUGAUCAUUUAACUGCCAAAAUAUCAGAUUUUGGAUCCUCAAGACUUAUUCCACUCGACCAAACUCAUUUACUCACUGCUGUACAAGGCACCUUUGGAUACCUUGACCCGGAGUACUAUCAGACCAGUCAGUUGACAGAGAAAAGCGAUGUUUAUAGCUUCGGAGUCAUUCUUCUAGAACUUUUAACAGGUAAAAAGCCAAUUUUCUCCACCGAAUAUGAAGACAGACUGAAUCUAUCGAUGCAUUUUCUUCAAACGGUGAGAGCGAAUCGCCCCUUUGAUCUUAUAGAUGAUCUUGUUAUGAAAGAAGCGACCGAAGAAGAGCUCAUCGACAUGAUUGGAUUGGUAGAAAUAUGUUUAAGAUUGAAAGGGGCUAAACGUCCUACGAUGAAAGAGGUGGAAUAUAAAUUGCAGAACUUGAGAAGUCAGACUGAAAAAAAUAGGAUAUUGUUUGGUCAAAGAUGA